AUGAUUCCUACAAAUAAACCUGGUCCAUCAUUACGUUUUGUUCCACCAAUUGGUCAGACAUUAGGAUUAACAAAAUUUGAAAAUAAACUAAUUAAUGUAUUUAAUAAAACUUUAAAAACUUGUGGCAAUAAAGUUGAGAAUUUAAAUCAUGGUAAUUAUGAAACUGAAGAGUCCAGUUGUGAUAGAAAAUAUCCAACAAUAAACAAAGUAAAUGGAAGAAGAAAAAUGGAAAUAUAUGAAAAUGAAAAUUGUUUACAAUAUUCAGAUUCAAGAGUAGCCAGAAAAAAUGAUACUAUUUAUGGAAAAAAAACUUACAAUCAUAUAAAUGAAAAUAGGUUUACAUCUGUAAAGUAUUCCUCUGGUCAUAAUAAAAAAUCAUUUAAUGCUUUUGCUAAAAAUCAAAUUCUUGAAGUAUUGGAGGCAGCUUCAAUAGCUUUGGAAAAUAAAUUUUAA